GCAGCCGGCGGGGGCGGUCUCUCGCUCGGCUGGAUGGCCGGUUCUGCCGGCUGCCCAGGGCGCCGGGCUCUUUCGCAUCCCGGGCUCUUUCGCAUCCCUCCUCCCGCAUCGCACUGCAAGAUGUGGACUGCUGUGAAAAAUGUGUGACAAAACAUUCCCAUCUGUGUGGUGAUGAAGGAGUGACAGCAAUCAGAAGACUGAGCAAAACAGAAAGAGCAGCUCUUGCUUUGUAGUUUGGUGGCCGGGAGCAAAAGUAUUUCAAUUAGGCUCCACCUCUGGAAAGAAGUGCUGUAACUCACCGCUGAACCAACGAAUUGGGAACAGCUCAUAGCAUCAGAAACUUUAGACUAAUGCCACCUAUCAAGUCUUCAAGCACUGUGAACUGAAACUACACAUCUUUAUGGAGUUUUUAUCAACUGGGUCAAAAGGAAUGCUUUUCUGAUAUUUAACGAGGACCAUUACUGCCAUUAUGACGAGCCAGGAGAAGUGGGUUAACCUUAGUCCUGGAGAAUUCUCUCAGCUUCAGAAAUAUGCAGAAUAUUCCACUAAGAAAAUUAAGGAUGUCUUAGAAGAAUUCCAUGGCAGUGGUGUGUUAGCAAAAUAUAAUCCUGAAGGGAAACAAGAUAUACUUAAUCAAACAAUUGAUUUAGAGGGAUUCAAACUGUUCAUGAAGACUUUUCUGGAGGCAGAGCUACCUGAUGAUUUCAUUGAGCAUCUUUUUACAUCAUUUAGCAACAAAAUCUCUCACUGCAGCCCCUUAAUAAAAAACAAACCCCAGCUCCUUUCUGGAGGUCUGAGACUUAACAAAGGUACCUCUACAUCCCGGCCUCCUACUCCUGCCAACUUAAGUUUACCAGAUGUGAUCCAGCUGAAGGAUAUUGUUUGUUAUUUGUCACUGCUAGAAAGAGGAAGACCUGAAGACAAGCUAGAAUUUAUGUUUCGGUUAUAUGAUACAGAUGGAAAUGGAUACCUGGAUAAUUCGGAGUUGGAAAAUAUCAUUGCUCAAAUGAUGCAUGUUGCAGAAUACCUUGAAUGGGAUAUUACUGAACUGAGUCCAAUUCUUCAUGAAAUGAUGGAAGAAAUUGACUAUGAUCAUGAUGGCACUGUUUCUCUAGAAGAGUGGAUCCAAGGAGGAAUGACAACAAUCCCACUCUUGGUCCUUCUUGGAUUAGAGAAUAAUGUGAAAGAUGAUGGGCAGCAUGUAUGGAGACUGAAACACUUUAACAAGCCUGCCUACUGUAAUCUUUGUUUGAACAUGCUAAUUGGAGUAGGCAAGCAAGGUCUCUGCUGUUCUUUUUGCAAGUAUACAGUCCAUGAACGCUGUGUCUCAAGAGCUCCCGCGUCUUGCAUCAAAACAUAUGUGAAGUCCAAAAAGAAUACUGAUGUAAUGCACCAUUUCUGGGUAGAAGGAAAUUGUCCAACAAAAUGUGAUAAGUGUCAUAAAACCAUAAAGUGUUACCAAGGCUUGACGGGACUUCACUGUGUUUGGUGUCAGAUCACAUUGCAUAAUAAAUGUGCUUCACAUCUAAAACCUGAGUGUGACUGUGGACCUUUGAAGGACCAUAUUUUACCACCCACAUCAAUCUGCCCAGUAGUAUUGACGCUACCUACUUUAGGAGGUUUGCUCCCUGAGGAAAGACAGGCAACAGUGAAAAAAGAGAAGGGUUGUCCCCAGCAAAUGAACAAACUGGGAGAACGAAACAAAAUGCAAAGAGCAAAUUCCGUCACCGUAGAUGGACAAGGCCUUCAGAUCACUCCAGUUCCAGGCACUCAUCCACUUUUAGUUUUUGUCAAUCCUAAAAGUGGUGGGAAACAAGGAGAAAGAAUUUAUAGAAAAUUUCAGUACCUUUUAAAUCCUCGUCAAGUUUAUAGUCUUGCUGGAAAUGGACCAAUGCCAGGGUUAAGUUUUUUCCGAGAUGUUCCUGAGUUCAGAGUACUAGCAUGUGGUGGAGAUGGAACAGUAGGCUGGAUUUUGGAUUGCAUAGAGAAAGCAAACUUGCUUAAGCAUCCUCCAGUUGCUAUUCUGCCUCUUGGGACUGGAAAUGAUUUAGCAAGGUGUCUGAGAUGGGGAGGAGGUUAUGAAGGAGAGAAUUUAAUGAAGAUUUUAAAAGACAUCGAGAACAGCUCAGAGAUUUUGCUGGACAGGUGGAAAUUUGAAGUAUUUCCCAAUGAUAAAGACGAGAAAGGAGACCCAGUGCCUUACAACAUCAUCAAUAACUACUUUUCUAUUGGCGUGGAUGCUUCAAUUGCCCACAGAUUCCAUAUCAUGAGAGAAAAACAUCCAGAGAAGUUCAACAGUAGAAUGAAGAACAAAUUUUGGUAUUUUGAAUUUGGCACUUCGGAAACUUUCUCAGCCACCUGUAAGAAGCUGCAUGAAUCUGUAGAAAUAGAAUGUGAUGGAAUUCAGCUAGACUUAAUCAAUAUUUCUCUGGAAGGAAUUGCUAUUCUGAACAUCCCAAGCAUGCACGGUGGAUCAAAUCUUUGGGGAGAGACAAAGAAAAGACGUAGCCAUCGUCGGACAGAAAAGAAGAGGUCAGAUAAAAGAACCACUGUCACAGAUGCCAAGGAACUGAAAUUUGUAUGCCAAGAUCUUAGUGACCAACUUAUGGAAGUAGUUGGUCUGGAAGGAGCCAUGGAGAUGGGUCAGAUAUAUACAGGUCUGAAAAGUGCUGGAAGACGGCUUGCCCAGUGUUCUUCUGUUGUCAUCAGGACCAGCAAGUCACUGCCUAUGCAGAUAGAUGGGGAACCUUGGAUGCAAACCCCUUGCACAAUAAAAAUUACUCAUAAGAACCAAGCCCCUAUGUUGAUGGGACCUCCUCCAAAAACUGGUCUUUUUUCUUCUAUCAUCAAAAGAACAAGGAACCACAGCAAGGAAUAAGCCUGUGUAGUUUAAUUUUUAGAAAACCAAUUAGCUUUGUUGGGCUUUGGAAUAUUUAUGCUGGAAAUCUUUCAAGAAUUUUAGAAUAUAUACUACUUGCAAAAUCAUGGAUUUUGGUUUAACAGUUUCCGUGACUGAGCUAAUGUAAAACUAUGCUAUUAGGAAAAAAAAAAUAAUAAAAAGUCACAGUUUUGUAGGUAUUUUGCAUGAAGAAAGCAAAUCUUUACAUGAAGUGAUACAGCAUUUUUUUUCUUGUUGUUGUUGCAUGCAAUAUCAUUUACUAAUCUAUGCGAUAAUUCUGCCAUGAAAUAUAGGAAGGGAAUGCCAUGAAUAAUUUGAUUUUCUCUCUAUUCUAUUUCUAGCUUUUUUUUCUAUUACAAUGAUUAUAUGCAAUAAGUUCAACAGUAUCUCUUGAAUCAAACAUCAUAUCAAUAACAAAUUAGACCUGUUUCAGAGUAAAGUUUAUUACAGGUCUCAUUAACCUGUACUUUUAGUUUAUCAUUUGUUUCUACCCUAAGAAUAUUUUUAUUCAAAUAGGUAUUAAAAUCUUAUAUCUUAUUCUGAUAACUCCUAUGUAUGAGUAAUUGUAUCUGUUGAAAUCUUCUAACUCAAUGUGUGCAGUAUUCAAAUGAUCGUGAUUAUUCGUGUGUAAGUUUUAGCAAGACUGGAAAUCAGUGGAAAUUUGAGUAAAAACUAUGUGGUUAAGGAGAUCAUGCUAAGACUGAAGAUGUUAAUACUUGCAAAACUAAGCAUCAGUGUUGUUUGUUGAAACAUUAGAAUUAUCUUAAUGAGCAAUACAUCACUGUAACAUGGCAAACUUUAAAUCGCUCUGUGUAUCGACCGAUAGCAUAGUGCAUAUGCACACAAAUAACCAAAGCUCAUGCCUAAUAAAGUGCAUUUCCCACCAAAGAUUUAGUGAAGGAUGCUUCAGAGAAAUGGGUUAAUGCAUAAUUAAUCAAGCUCACUGGAGUAGACUCACUUCUGAAAAUUUACAGUUCUUUUGAUUAUGUUGGCAAUGUCCAGACAAAUGUUGGGGUAGGAAAAAAACAUUAAAUUAAUUGCAAAUAAAUACUCACUUUUCAUUUGUUUCAUAAACUGAUAGACAUAGACACAUACUCUAAAUAUUGACAUUUAUAGAUACUCUAAAUAUUGGAAAAUGAAACAUCUAAUUUUGUUUUCAUUAUUAUUUAUACAUCUAUGCUAUCCGUAAUUUACUUGUCCUCUAAAUUCAUCUCUUAGGAAAGGAUAAACUGUUAUCUAUUCCCCUUUUGUAGUCUGUUGUCUGGAAUCAAAUCAUUUCUUGUCAUAAAUUUUGUGGAGGCAGUUUUUCAGGUCUUCACUUUCUUAGCCCUCUGAGAGACUUCCUAACAGCUUAGAAAUCAUAAAACAGGGAUUUGUCUGAGGAUUGCACAACACUAUCUAACGUUGAAGGGGAGUCCAAGAAUGGCAACUUAUUUUCAGUCUUGCAUUUAAACAAUCUUAAUCAAAAUUUUUGUGCAGUCUUAACAUUGUUCUUUGUUCAGAGUGAGCUGCUUCUCCUCUCUGCAUGUCGUAAUGAAGUUUCAUCAAAAAACAAAACAAAAACUUUGCUUGAAAUCCAUGAUUUCCCAUUUUUAUCUAGAUUCUAAAUGCUGAUGAUUUAUUAAAUCUAUUUUUCUAUUGAUUCAUUCUUCCAUCAGAAAAUAGUAUUUCAUAAUUCUGUAGUGCACGGUACUGUGCAUGUACUUAAAUAAAGUUGAUAUCUAUCAUUAGCUCCUCAGUGUAAGAAUUCAACAGAGUCCUAAUUUGUAUAAUAGACACUGAAAUGAAAGUCAGUGUAUAGCUGGUAAGGAUUUUGUCUUUGAAAUAUACAAUCGGUGUUUUGUAAACAUAAGGAGGUAAAUAUUAAUUAAUGUUAUGUUCAGCAUUAGGUAGAAAAAUAUGAGGGCAAUUAUUUGCUAAAAUUAAGAUCUUGUAAUUCCCCAUUCUUGGAUCCAGUGGUGUUGAUAAUUAGUUACCAUGAGUGAACUAAUAUUUUUCCUGUGCAUUGCAAACACACACACAUACAAAACACAUUUGAUGCACUUCUUGACUGCAAAUAUAAACAUAGAGCUAAAGAUAAGAGCAAAAAGAAGGAACCUGCUGAUGUAAUAUUACAUGAAGUGCACGCUGGUUUUAUGGAAUUAUGGUUACACGUGAUAUUUUCAGAUAACUUGAUAUAGGAUUUUCUACCAAUGCUCUUAACUUUUUUUUUUGUGGCAAAAAUGUGUUUAAGGAUUAUAUAUGUGUUCUCUAUGAUUAUCUCAUGAACAUUGUAACUCUGAAAAAAAAUAAAAAAGAUACAUAAGCUAUUCUUUAAUAAUGUAUGCAAUUUUAAAAGUGCCAGUCUGAAUAGCAAAUUGUUCACAACAUGCUUUUUCAUAUACAGGGAUAGAUGGGUUCAUGUAAUCACGACUACAUGCAACUCUGACUAGAUCUAGAAAAUGUAAAUUAGAUAUGUUUGUCAGUAUGUGUCAAGUUCUUACAGUAGCAAAAUAUAAUGAAAUAGCCAUUUUAUUACAUAUUGACACAUUGCAACAGUAACAUCCUCUCUUUCUAUUGUGUUUGUUUGUUUGUUUGUUUGUUUACAAUGGCCUUUAACAAUUUAAAACCAUGAUCAAGAUGAACAUGAUGAUGAUGAAUAGAAUAUCUUAGAGUACAUAAAGCAUAGUGUGAAAGGAAAAUGUUUGAUUUAAUUAAAGAGAACUUCAUUUCCUUCCUUCCUUCCUUCCUUCCUUCCUUCCUUCCUUCCUUCCUUCCUUCCUUCCUUCCUUUUCAUUUCAGUGUGUGCAGAACUAGCAUUGUGAAAUUAUACAGUCAUAUACAGUGAAGUGAAACACAGAAAAUAUGUAUGUAUCUUCAUUCAGGUGAAAUAGAUGCACUGUUCUGAAUCUUAAGAGUAGUAGCUGUAAACCUUCCACUGUUUACAAUGGGGCAUUCUUUAAGGCCUCAUUAAUGACAUUUUCAAUAUACAUGGAAAUUACGAAGAUGUAGGAAUUAUGCCUGACAUUGAAUUUGCAAAUUUUUCGUCUCCCUACUAGAGUGUUGCAUGUGGUCAAUGUGCUAAAGAAAGAACAUGACGUCUCCAAAAGAAAUCUAAGUUGUGAAAGUGAUUAGCAUCACUCUCCCUUCACUGGAGUUCCUGUUAAAGUAGAGUUCAGCGCAGAGUCAAAUACAGUAUUACUGCUUCUAGUACUUGUAAGAUGUUUGUACACAUAUCGUCACAAUUAUUUAAAGCUAAGGGGUUUGAUGUCAUGCUUUGUGCUUAAUUGAGUGUGUAUGUGUAUACAUGAGCUACAUCAGGUAGUAUGCUAAUAUGCUCAGAACUUUGAUGAGCUAAGAACUUUGUUUCUGAAGCAGAAAUAGAUAUUCUAUAACAUUGUCUCAUUCUUAUCAACUCUGUAUUAUUACAUGUAAAUCAUAACAGUGAUUACCUAAUAUUCAAAAUUAUCUAAUGCAAAUAAAGUCACCGAGUUCAUCAUGUUUCAAAAUAUCAGUGUAAGUAAUACAGUCAAAGAAUAUCUGCAUUUGAUAUUAUUACUGUAUGAAAUGGAGAAAAAAGGCAUGCUUUAAUACAUAGGUUGUGUUGUUGCCGUUUUUGUUUGUUUGUUUUACUGAGACUAGAGAUAUUCAGACAGUUGCAACGACCUGACAUAUCAGUGAAUAAGGAUAUUUUGUAAUUUACUGCCUUCAAUCCCAAAUGAGCUCUGGGACUUGUAAUUUUGACACAGAUCAUAGGGAGGCCAAAUCUUUCUGGAAAAAGAGAAAUAUAGUAUACCACCUCUCUGGAAAAGUCUAGAAAGAAUCGCUGAAAAUCUGGAAAAAAAAAAAAAGGAAAGAAAAAUCAGACAUAAUUAUCUUUAGGCAAGGAAC